AUGGGGGUUACGGGCGCCGGCAAGACGACUUUCAUCUCGCACUUUGCUCCGGGCGCGAUGGUGGGCCAUGGCCUGGAAUCUUGCACGCAGGAGGUCGGCAUCCACGCGGCCGUGGUGGGCAGGCAGCGAAUCUAUCUGAUCGACACACCAGGCUUCGACGACACGCGACGGUCCGACACAGAUGUGCUGCGUGAGGUGGCUAACUGGCUCAAUGCGUCGUACAGGGCGCGAAUCACGCUGGCGGGCAUCGUUUACCUCCAUCGCAUCGGCGAUAACCGUAUGUCUGGGUCGGCCAUGAAGAACCUCCGUAUGUUCCGGCAGCUGGUGGGCGACGCGGCGCUCUCGUGUGUGGUGCUAGCAACCACCAUGUGGAGCAUGGUGCCGUCGGUCGAGGAGGGCGCAGCGCGCGAGCACGAGCUGAAGACGAACCGGCAGUUCUGGGCGGGAAUGGUAGACAAGGGCAGCGUUGUGUUCCGGCAGGACGCGGGUGCGGCAUCUGCCAGGCGCAUCGUGCAGUAUUUAGUAGCGCAGCGGCAGCGGGUAACGCUGACGAUACAGCACGAGAUGGCCAACGGCAAGACGCUGGACGAGACGAGCGCCGGACGCGAGGUGCAGGCCGAGAUGGAGGCGAUAAAGAUGAGGCACAAGGCCGAGCUGGCCGAGCUGCGCACCGAGAUGGCCGAGGCCCGGGCAGCCCACGACAAGCAGACCCAUGAAGAACUCGCGGCCGUGCGUGCCGACCUCGAGGCCAAGCUGCGGCGCGACCGUGAAGACCGCGACAAGAUGCGCGUCGGGCUCGAGCAGCUGCGUAUCCAGCGAGACGCCGAGCUGGCACGUGAGCGCGACGAACAAGCCACACGCACGACCGAGAUGAACGAGCGCAUCUACAAUCUCAAGUUCGAGCUCGAGGCCCAGCGGGGCCGCAACCAGGCCAGCGCCGAGAUCAAAGCCAUGGAGCUCAAGCUGCUGCAGCAAAAGGCCGACAAUGAACGCAUGAGGCUGCAGGUCGCCCAGGUUCGUGCCGACGCCGAGCGAAGCUCUUGUUCUGUCAUGUAA